CGAACGGAGAGCCGAGAAGAAAAAUGGCGUCUGCAGGCGACCCCGAGCGGGACACCGGCCGUUCGCUUUGAGCUUUCCACCCUGGACGUGAGACCGGGGCCUGGCGGGCACGCAGCGGGAACCUGCGCCGGACCCACUGGCUCGCUGCUCUCCCGAUUUUCUCCGGUGUACGCGGCUCGUUCGAGCACCGAGAUUGAAGCGGAACAGGAGCGACUCUCUCCCGCGAUGAGGGGGAGACGAGGAAGGCCGCCCAAACAAGCGGCCGCGGUGCGGGAGGGCUCGCCCGGGCCGGUCCGCGGCUCCCGGGGCGGCAGGAGCAGAGGGAUGCGCGGGCGGGGGAGAAGCAGAGGUCGGGGCCGGGUGGCAAGCGGCGGCUUCUGCGGCCCCGGCUCCGCGGAAGGGGACACGGAAACCUCCGGCCGAGACAACUUUCAUUCGUCCCGGGGCCGCAGGAAAGUUGGAGCCUCCAUCCCGCCGGCGGCGGCGGCGUCGCAGAGCCGAGGAAGCCGAGGGAGAGGCCGGGGCUCCCGGGGCGUCCGCGGCGUCAGGGGCGGCGUGCGGCGGCCUCUGAACAAGGUGGUGUACGACGACAACAGCGACGAGGAGGACGAUAACAUCAGCUACAGGUCGGAGGAGGAGGACGAGCUGCUGAACGACAACCCGUCGGAUCCCGAGGAAGAGGAGGCCCUGGGAAACGACUCGGACUACCUGGAGGAGCCGCCGUGCGAGGAGGAGGAUGAUGAUGCGAGCUACUGCACGGAGAGCAGCUUCCGGAGCCUCAGCACGCUGGGCAGCACCCCAGGCCCGAAAAGGAGUCGGUUACUGCCACCGAGCUCUCCCAUCCUUGAAGCAAAGGACAUUCCUCCCUUGGAUCUUCCCAAGUCGUCUGAGGACCUCCUGGUCCUCACCUCGCAGCUCCUCAAUGUGUCUGCUGUCUACGAGGUCCUCCGAAACUUUGGCUCAGUGCUGCGUCUCUCUCCGUUCCGCUUUGAGGAUUUCAGUGCAGCGCUGGCCAGCCAGGAGCAGUGCACGCUGCUGGCAGAGACCCACAUCUCCCUGCUCAAAGCUAUUCUCAGAGAAGAGGACACUUCCAACACCACAUUUGGUCCUGCUGACGUGAAGGACUCUGUUAACUCCACUUUGUAUUUUGUGGAUGGUAUGACCUGGCCAGAGGUGGUGCGGGCGUACUGUGAGAGUGACCCGGAGUACCGGCACAUUCUGCCUCCCCAAGAGAGCGAGGAUUACCCAUAUGAGCCAUUGGAGAGCAAAAUUAAAGUUCUACAGUUUUUGGUGGACCAGUUCCUUGCAACCAAUAUUGCCCGGGAGGAACUCAUGUCAGAAGGAGUGGUUGCCUAUGAUGACCACUGCAGAGUGUGCCAUCGUCUUGGGGACCUGCUGUGCUGCGAGACAUGCUCGGCCGUUUACCAUCUGGAGUGUGUGAAACCACCGCUGCAGGAAGUACCAGAGGACGAGUGGCAGUGCGAAGUCUGUGUAGCACACAAGGUUUCUGGUGUUGCGGACUGCAUCCCAGAGGCUCAGAAGAGCAAGCCAUUUAUCCGUCAACUGCCAGUCGGCUAUGACCGACACCAGCGUAAAUACUGGUUCCUGAAUCGACGCAUUGUUGUUGAAGAGGACGGUGAGCAGGAAGACAAAGCCAUCUGGUACUACAGCACUAAGGUCCAGCUGGCUGAUCUGAUAGAUUGCUUGGAUAAGAACUACUGGGAGGCCGACUUGUACGCAGCCCUUGAGGAGAUAAGGGAUGAGGUCCACACACAUAUGGACAUCACUGAAGACCUAACCAACAAGGCCCGUGGCACCAACAAGUGUUUCUUCACUGCCGCCAACGAGGAGAUCCUGGAGCGGCUGCGGGCUAAGCAGGAGGAGGAGCUGGAGGAGAUAAAAAGACGAGCUGCAGAGGAAUCCCUUAAAGCACGGAUGGAGAUGGCGAGGGAGGAGUUUGCUUUGGAGAAGGAAGACGGAGAGGUCGGGCUGAAAGACGAGGGACAUACGGAAGGCAAGGUCAAAGAUUCGAUAAAGGAGGAGGAGGAGACAAACAAAGAGGCCACAGAGGAGAAAAUGGAUGGUUUCAAAUCUGGAGUUGCUGAAGCUCCCCCCACUGGCCAAGAAGGCAGUAGUGGCAGUAACUUCUCAGAUGGACCAAUACUUCCAGUAUCCUCAGCUCCGACACAAACCACCAUUGUGAGCUCAAGCCUGGCUACUGAGGCUCCACCGCCCCUGGCCUCCAGCGUAGAGGCUCGUCUAGAGGACUGUUCCCAUAAGGAGGUCUCAAACACCACUGAAGCAGAAAACUCGUCAUCAGAUCCUGUCGGUGGGGAUGGAAUCCCGAGCCUGAGCCAGCCCUCUCAGACCUGUGAAGAGAACAGUAACAGCAGCAUGGGAGCCGGGGUCCCUCCCAGGGGCCCAGAACCCCCAGACUUGGUUGACAAGUCCUCGCAGUCAUCCCUGGCAAGCUUUGAUGACACAGGAGACCCGGCCAAUGGUGAGGGCUGCAAGAGGUCUUCGGCGACUCGCAUGGUGACCCGGCUGAGGAACCCAGACAGCAAGCUGAGUCAGCUGAAGAACCAACAGGUGUUAGUGGUAAAUGCACAAGGUGACGUCACGCGUGUCAGCACGCGCAGCAGUAAAGACGUGGUGAUGAAGGGAGCCCUCUGUCAAUACUUCAAGCUUGGCCAGGAGGGCAAGUACCGCGUCUAUCAUAACCAGUACAGCUCCAAUACCCUGGCCCUCAACAAGCACCAGCACAGAGAGGACCACGACAAGAGGCGACAUCUCUCACACAAGUUCUGCAUGACACCUGCAGGAGAAUUUAAGUGGAACGGUUCUAUUCAUGGCUCUAAGGCUCUCACCAUCUCCACACUGAGACUCACCAUCAUCCAGCUGGAGAACAAUGUUCCAGCGCCAUUUAUGCAUCCAAACUGGGCCUCACACAGGACAAAUUGGAUCAAAGCAGUUCAGAUGUGCAGUAAAGCGAGGGAGUUUGCGCUGGCCAUGGCUAUCCUGGAAUGUGCCAUUAAAGCUGUGGCCAUGCUGCCUGUCUGGAAAGACUCACUGGGCCAUACAAGGUUAAAUCGCAUGACAUCCAUGGAGCGCGAGGAGAAGGAGAAAGUAAAAAAACGUGAGAAAAAGCUGGAGGAUGAAGAGACGAUGCUACAGGCCACUUGGGUCAAAUACACCUUCCCAAUCAAACAUCAGGUGUGGAAGCAGAAAGGAGAGGAGUAUCGCGUUACAGGCUACGGGGGCUGGAGUUGGAUCAGUAGGACCUAUGUUCAUCGGUUUGUCACCAAGCUUCCCGGCAACACCAAUGCCAACUACCGCAAAGAACUGGAAGAUGCAAAACUUGGCAAGAAGUGUACCCUGCUGGACUUGAGUCGACGACCCAGCGUUGCUACACCAGAAGCUCAGGGAGCUGCUGUUUUAAUCAGUGAAGCAAAAGAUCAAGGCUCAUGCAGCCUCUCCAAACCUGCAACAGAUCCUCUGCUGUCUACUGAAUAUUUCGAGUCCAAUCAGAAGAUGGAAGAAGAAACAAAAGAAGAGAUGGAUGUAAAAGAAAAGACAGAUGAGUUGUCGGUUGAGGAAUUACCUGCAAAGAUGGAGGUGGAUCCCCCAGGAUCACGAUCGGAUGAAGAGCAAAGGUGCAGUUCUCAGGAGGGUGAGGCUUCCAUCAAGGCGGAGCCAACAGAUGACGCUCAAAGGCCCUUUAACUACGAUGUGGUGGAUGUCAGCAACGGUUUCCUCACCCGCAUCGCCUACAAGAAGGUGGUCAAGUCCUCCAAGCUGGACGGCCUGCUGGAGCGGCGGGUGAAGCAGCAUGUUAUUGAAGAGAGGCAGAGGCAGCAAGUGUCCGCCUCCUUACCCAAGACCCAGGCACUAGUCUCACAAGCUUCAGCUCCUGUUCCGAGCACUCCAGUCCGGCCGCGGUCGCCACUCAAGCCCCACGCUCUCGCUCAGACACAGCUCGCAUUGGGCACCGCUGUGAAAGUGGAGGAGAAAUCUUCCACACCACAAACUCCAGGGCUAGGAGAAGUUGGAGCCGGAAAAAAUGAAGGGGAGAGUUACACUGAACUCUCAAAAACUACAGAGGAUACUGUCACUCCCCUUCCUUUCCCCGGUCUGGACUCCACAGCCAAAGACAGUUGUAGUACAGGUACGGGUGGAGAUUUGGCUUCACCUCAAAAUCAAACCACCUCCUUGCCCCAGGAACCGAAUGCAGACUUCCUGGAAAGGACUAUGGGGCUAGAGGGUGUAAAACUGCCCGAAGGGGAAACUACAGCACAGGGAACCCAUAGCUCUUUACAGCAUCAAACAGCCAGUGUAGCAUCAGAUGUUAACAAGACUGUACAUAUUGACAAUACAGGUUCUGCGAUUCCCAAUUUAAAAUUUGACUCUGUAAGGUCAUCUACAAAACCUGUCCAGCAAAACCCAGAAAUCUCUGCACAUUCAGGCCCUGGGGAAAAUGGCACAGGGCCAGCGGAGAACCAAGAAAUUGGUCAACACAAAACCAAAAGUAUUAGCUCUCCCGACUCCGUGCCAGUUUCUCCUCUCCCUCAGGUAAAUGGUAAUGAUGGCUUGGGGAGUGAAAGCAUGUUGAGUAACUCUGUUAUCGGCUCAAAUAAUGGCGUGCUCACCAACAGUCCCCAGCCCAAGGUGAACAGCACUGCUAAAAUUGAAGAACAAGGACUAGUUGUCUCCCCGAAGGACCGCACGCAGCAAAAGCCUCUGGUGAAUGGAGAUUGGACCCCUGUGAACAAUAGCACAGAGACUGGGCUGAAAGACUCGGGUCUAGUUUCGAGGGUUGAGGGCAAGUCAUCGAUAUCGGACCAGGAAUACAAACCCCCAAUAAAGAUAACAAGGCUGGAAAACAACUUAGAUGCACUUGGAGCGAAUACUCAGAGCACUCAACAGCACAACAGCACGUCCCCGGUUCAGACUGAGACCAAAGCCAGUUCUGUUGUCAAGAUCAUCAGAAUGGCACCGUCCCCUAUUCCCUCUGCAGAGGAGUCGAGUCUCAGUGAUGACUUCGCUGAGGAGAACAGUAACAGUGGGACGACGGAGCCACUCAAAACCCUCGUCACCCAGGUAACCACAAAGUCCACCACCACCACCACAACAGUAGUUUCCACAGAGAUGAGGACAGCCAACGCGCCAUCCAAUGCAUGUGGAGAAAAGGUGUCCACAACAGAAAGCAGCGCAGUGUCCACGCUUAAAACCAUGACCAAAACAACUGUGACCAAAAUCUGUUCCUCCGGGCUGGACGGUCAGUCCGACGACAGCCAGGGGGAAAUGGUGACACAAGAACAGAGAACCAUGCUCUCUGCGUCUGUCAGUAAGUCAACUACCGACACCGAUGGGAAAACCUCGGUUACAUCUGUCGCCGUGAGCCAAGAAGACUCCUCGUCAACAAAGAAUCACGUCCGCCUCUUGAAAUUCUCCCGCACUAAGAAGACACGCUCGGGCACAGCUCUUCCUUCAUACCGCAAGUUUGUCACCAAGAGCAGCCGCAAGAGCAUUUUUGUACUACCCUAUGACAACUUGAAAGUGCUAGCGAGGCGAGGUGGAUUCCGGGAAAUUCCUGUGUUUAGCUACAACGCCAAGCCAGCCCUGGAUAUCUGGCCAUAUCCCUCACCCAGGCCCACAUUUGGCAUCACCUGGAGAUAUCGUCUGCAGACUGUGAAGUGUCUGGCCGCUGUGAGUCUGAUGCUGAGGCUCCUGUGGGCUUCUCUGAGGUGGGACGACAUGGCGGUCAAACCGUCCGCUGCCAUCGGCACCACACGCACAGAGACAUCGGAUACUGAAAUCACCACGACGGAGAUCAUCAAGCGCCGUGACGUGGGGCCCUACGGCAUUCGCUCAGAGUACUGCAUCCGCAAAAUUAUCUGUCCACUCGGAGUGCCGGAUACUCCGAAAGAAACGCACACCCCUCAGAGGAAGGGCUUGCGCUCCAGUGCCUUGCGCCCCAAGAAGCCAGAACCUGCCAAGCAGACGGGCCCAGUCGUGAUCGAGACGUGGGUGGCUGAGGAGGAGCUGGACCUGUGGGAGAUCAGAGCCUUCUCAGAAAGGGUGGAGAAGGAGAAAGCUCAGGCAGCAGAGCAGGCCAAGAAACGUCUCGAACAGAAACCUUGCACAGCGACGCCGACAGGGAGCCCCGCAACAUCUGCCUUGACACCCAAAGUCAUUGUGGGUUCAUUGACAGGCCAGGGCACGUCCAGCACCAAGGUAGUACUGACCACCAAGAUGGGCACCCCCGUCACAUUCCAGCAGAACAAGAACUUCCAGCAGUCGUUCGCCACCUGGGUCAAGCAGGGUCAAAACACAGGCGCGGAUGGCACUGUGGCCAUGUCGGGUGGGCACACUUUCCAGAUUACGGGAACGUCCGUGGGUGGAAAGGUGUUGACCACCAAGCUGCCGCUGCCUGCCAACAGCAAGAUCGUCACAGUCAAUGUGCCAACUUCACAAGGAGGUGUGGUUCAGCAGAAAGUGUUGGGUAUCAUCCCGUCCGGAACAGUGGGUGGCGCGCAGACCUACACCACAUUCCAGCCGCGCACAACCACACUCAACAUCAGGCCCCACACCCCUGGCUCCCAGCAACAGGUUCUGGCAACUGGCAGUCAGAUCCGUCCAGGAAUGACAGUGAUACGAAACCCGCUCCAGCAGACGGGCCCCAUGGGAAAGACGAUACUACGAACACCUCUCAUGGUCCAGCAAGGUACGGGCGGUCAGCAGGUAGUGACACAGAUCAUCCGAGGUCAGGCAGUUUCCACGGCAAUAUCCGGUGCCAGCCCUGUUGCCACUGUCACUGGCCAGGGGGCCAGCCCCGCCAUGUUAGGACAGGCAGCAGGCCAGACAACACCCGGCACCCCACGGGCACAAGGGCAAGGCCAGGUUAAAUUGACCCUGGCACAGCUCACCCAGCUCACACAGAAGCAGCAGGCCACGUCAGGUGUGGAUCGGCAGGCUGGUGUCGGUGGUCCCCAGCAGGCUCUGACGGUGAUGGUUCAGGGUCAGGGCCAGACCACGGGCCAGCUGCAGGUCAUACCUCACGGGGUCACCGUCAUCCCAGGACCUGGGCAGCAGCUCAUGCAGGCGUCACUGCCCAACGGCCAGGUGCAGCGCUUCCUCUUCACCCCGAUGGCAGCAGCUGCCACACCCACAUCAAGCACAGCCAACACAGUUCCAGGUCAGCCCAACUCCACCUGCACCAAGACCCCGGCCCAGCCUGCCCAACAGGCAGCAGCCCCCAUCCAGGCGGGGGCGCCUUCACUUGCCACCACCAGCAGCCCUACUUCGGCGACCCCCCAGGGCCAGCUGCCGCCCCAGACGCAGGCCCACAUGCCCAUCCAAUCACCCACUUCGCUGCAGGUUAAAACCCAGGGAGGAACCGUGCAGCUGCAGCAGACGCCUCAGCUCAUCAGCGUGUCCGGACUGCAGCAGCAGGUACAGGUGCUGGCCCAGCUGCAGGCCCAGCAGGGUGGAGGCUCUCUGCCACAGCACAUCAAACUGCAGCUCCCCAUCCAGAUACAACAGACUGGGACCACCUCAGCUCAGGGAGGACAGAUAGGGAACGUGGUGACCAUCCAGGCAGCUUCUGUCCAGGAGCAACUGCAGCGAAUCCAACAGCUACGAGAACAGCAGCAGCAGAAGAAGAAACAAGCCGCUGAGGCCAAGAGAGAGCAAGCCCUCAACGCAGCCAGCCAGAGCGACAUCAUUCAGAAACAGGUGGUGAUGAAACAAAACGCUGUGAUCGAGCACCUGAAGCAGAAGAAGACCCUGACGCCUGCAGAGCGGGAGGAGAACCAGAGGAUGAUCGUAUGCAACCAGGUGAUGAAGUUCUUGCUGGACCGGAUAGACAAGGAUGACAGGCAGUCAGCCAAGAGGAGAAAAAAGGAAGAGGUGGUAGAGGCGAAAAGGAGGCUGGCCAACGCCAGCAAGCUCUCCUCGCUCCUUUACCGGCACAAAGAGAGCCUUAAGAUGGAAAUCCUGAAGAAGCGAGCGCUUCUGGACAAGGACCUGCAGCUAGAGGCCCAGGAGGAGCUAAAACGCGACCUGCUUCGGAUGCGGAGGGAGAAGGAGAGGGCUCAGGCUGCAGCCAAGCAGGCGGCCCAGGCUGCAGCCCAGGCCGCCCACAAGCAGCAGCAACACACUCUGGCACACGCACACGGCAUCACCGCCCAGCACCACCUCGCCACAACCGCCACCUCGGCACACAAGAGGAAACGGGACGAGGAGAGGGAAGCAGCGACGUCAGCCAAGUCCAAGUCGAAGAAGAAAUUGAUCUUGACGACUAAUACGAAGGAUAACAAGAAGGACAUCAAGCUGUACUGCGUCUGCAAGACACCAUAUGACGAGACCAAGUUUUACAUAGGCUGCGACCUCUGUACCAACUGGUAUCACGGUGACUGUGUGGGCGUCACAGAGAAGGAGGCCAAGAAAAUGGACGACUACAUCUGUGUGGAGUGUAAACGGGGCCAGGAGAGCAGCACAGAGGAGUUGUUCUGCAUCUGUCGGACGCCAUACGACGAGUCCCAGUUCUACAUUGGCUGUGAUCGCUGUCAAAACUGGUACCACGGCCGCUGUGUGGGCAUCCUGCAGAGCGAGGCCAACCACAUCGACCAGUACGUGUGCCCGCAGUGUCAGUCCACAGAGGACGCCAUGACGGUCUUCACACCGCUCACGGACAAGGACUACGAAGGUCUGCGGAGAAUCCUGCGCUCCUUACAGGCACAUAAAAUGGCGUGGCCGUUCCUGGAGCCAGUGGACCCGAAUGACGCCCCCGACUACUACAGGGUCAUCAAGGAACCAAUGGACCUUUCCACCAUGGAGGAGAGGUUACAGAAGCGCGAGUACGUGAAGCUCACCGAGUUCGUAGCAGAUAUGACCAAAAUCUUCGAUAACUGCCGCUACUACAACCCCAGUGACUCGCCCUUCUACCAGUGUGCCGAGGUUCUGGAGAGCUUCUUUGUCCAGAAGCUCAAAAGCUUCAAAGCCAGCAGGUCUCAUAACAACAAACUACAAUCAGCAGCCUCUUAGCUCCCUCCUAAACAAACAAAAACAGAAAAAACAAGUGUCAGAAAGACUUGUGAAAGAGGCUCGUGGUUCCCUCUGAAUGAUUGAGCCCUGUGGUCUUGGUCAGGCUGCACCCGGACUUGAGGGGGACACCUCUCAGCUGAAAACCAGCUUGCAGUGGUGUCACAGAGCCCGGCCUCCAACAUCUCCAUUGGUUAACUGAUGGGGGGGGGGAAGAAGUGACUUCAAAACCCCCCCAAAAGCAUCAGUGGGACAGAAAGACAAAGACGUCCCACCUUCAGACCAGGAACAGGGCGUCCACAGACUGGUUGGCGGCUGGUUUCUUCCCAGCCAGCAGCUCCUACCAGUGCAGCCCCUCCAGGAGCAGAGCGACCCCGAUGGAAGUAGCAGGACGGGAGGUCAAACUGUCCACUUGUCCGGUUGGAGGAUCACAUGGCAGCAGCGCACUCUGAACCAGCUGUGUUAAACCUGUAGCUGCUCACUUUUUCUUGCUUUGUUCUUCCCACUCAGAGGUUUAACUUAAACUACAUCCUGUCGCAUUUUCACGAUACAAACGUUUAAGCUCCGACAUGUCGAGAAAUGCCCUGAUAGUGUUUCACAUGAGGCUAAAUAUGCAGAACCUGCAGGUUUCACGUCCACCUACAGACGUCGUGUCUGGCAGCAGAAUCUUCUUUUUCGGGAUUUUUUUUGUUUUGGGGUUCAGUUAAUUAACCCAGAAACGCAGUGUCACCUUCCCUGUUUCAAACCAAACCCCACUGCACCCAGCUGUUGUAACCACAUUGCUACAAUCCCCUCAGGUGUGUUGCCCUGUUUGAAGAGUGAACCAGCCACAGAGAAACAGAAUCUCAUUUACUGUACAUUCCCUGUCAUAGGAGCCUGGUGCCGGGAUGCUCCAUGUGACAUAGAAGCUAAAGUGAACUAAAAGUCAAAAGAGAUUAUUUUUUCAGUCAGAUUAGCAUCGUAAUAAUAAGUCAUUUAAGAGUUUUUGAUUUUGUUUUAAGGCUGUGUUCCCUUCACCUUAAUUCCCAGAGGGGAAACACCCAGAACAGGCUGUCCCGCCCACUGUAUCCCACCCCUCCUCUGAUUGGUUCCAAUUUGGUGCUUUUUCCGAAGUGCAACUGAAGAACGGCAACUAGUCCUGAGCUCCCGGAGGAGAAGCAACUGUUAGGGGAAGGUGAAGCUAGAACAAGGCUUAACUAACCCACACGUACUUUACACUCGGUGUCUCCUGAAAGAUCCCUGUCUGUUU